AUGGCAUCAAGAGCACGUGAAUUUGAGAAUUUGGAGUUUGUGGAGAACAAUUAUGCAUAUGAAGACCAAGAAAUGGAAACAAAUGUUGAUCCAGCAAAUAAUAAUGAAGAUAAUAACAUAAACAAGGAGGACUGGCUCAACAACGUCUAUGAGUAUUAUCCCGAUGGCCGCAUUAAGAGACGACGUGGACCUACUAAACUGGCCCAUCUUUCAAAUCUUCCAGAAGGGGUUAGAAUUAUUGUCAAACUAGACCGCUUCAAUGCGCCUAUCUCAAAAUCUGCUGGACUUCUUGGGUCCUAUUUAGGAACUUUAGUGAAGAAGCCACAUCUAGCUCCUCUAAAUGUUCUAAAGUGGAAUGAUGACAUGUUUAAAGAGAUAUAUCAUGAUAAAUUGCUUGCUGCAGUAACGAAGAAAUUUGCAAUUGGCCCAAAAUCAAGGGAUUGGCUUGUCAACCAGUUAGGCAACAAAUGGAGGCAGUACAAGGCAAAGCUAAAGAAAAAACACUAUAAGGCUGAGUUGCCUAUGGAGCGUGUCAUGGAAAAUGCUCCUGAAACUGUUGAGGAAACGCAGUGGAAUACACUUGUUUCAUAUUGGUACUCAGAAGAGGAAAAGGUAAUGUUAUUUGGCUCCUUUCAAUAG